AUGGGGGAGAUGGCAGAGAUGGAAGGGGUGCUCGGAGGGGUGUUGAGGGGGGUGCGGGAUGAUAGGUUAGGGAGGCCUACCCCAGAGCGCUUUCACAAGUCACGGGUGAGCAAGCAAGGCUCGUCAUCACUGUCACAGCCCGAUGGAGGAAGGACUCACUGUUCCAUACGUGCAGGCAGGGUCACAGCGAAACAUUAUGGUGCAUCCAGCUGUGAUGGCUGCAAGGCCUUCUUUAGGAGGAGCAUUUGCAACAACCAGACUUACAACUAUAGAUUCAACAGGCAGUGUACUGUGGACUAAGACAAAAAGAACCAGUGUCCACUCCAUUAAUGUUUCAAGACUGGAAUUAGUAAGGGAACUGUUCAGAAUGAGAGAGACUGCAUCAGCACUCACAGAGCCAAGGGACAGACAGUGGGUGCUCUGUCCAUCGGCGUGCUUCUGUGGGCAGAGGCCAGUGUGCAACAGUUACCAGCUCUGGUCUCACCUAGGAGUCAUGACAUCAACACCAAGAAGACAGCCUGCGUGGGAGACGUGUACCAGUCCAUGAAGCAGCAACUCCUCCUGCUGGUGGAAGGGGAAAAACACAUUCCAGAGUUGUGUACCCUCCCGAUGGAAGACAGGCUUUGUCUGUUACAAACCCAAUCUGCAGAACGUCUUUUCCUCGAGGCAGCAAGACGCUCUUUAUCUUAUUACAAUCUCAUUCUAGCAGGCAACGACUCUGUGAUCCCCCUGAGAGGUGCAGAAUUACAGGUGUCUAUAGUGGCUUUCAGAAUCCAGGAGGAGCUGGUCAACUUCACAGACAAAGAGUUUACUUUCCUCAGAACCAUUGUUGUCUUUGCCCCAGACUGUCUGGGUUCGGAGAGUUCUCAGGUUUUUCGACAUCUGCGUUUCCAGGCCCAUCUGCUGCUAAAAGAGGCAACCUGUGAGCAGCAGGGGAGAUCUGGGGUGUUCCUGCCGAUCCUGCCUCCCCUGCAAAGUGUGGCCUGGCAGAUGGUGGAGACCCACGUAACACAGCUGCUGGGUGAAAGCAGAAGAGACAACCUGCUGCAGGAGGGAAGGAGCCAUAAACAGGACAGGGACUGCGUACAGCUCUCACAGCAAAAGGAGCAAAGAGCUUCACCUACACACUUCAGCUUUCUCAUCUCUCACGUUUCAACAUCUCUUUCAAGUGGCUUCCCUGCUGCCCCCACAGACUGGCACUGAGGUGUACAGACAUGGUGAUGCUGCCAACUGGCCCACGGCAUACCAGAGACACCUAUCCACACCAAAACACACCUCAAGGACAAAAACAACCGCGGAGUGGAGGGGUGUUAUGAGCAUGAGACAGAACACAGACAAUCAUAUAAACACACAGCCACAUAUUUACACAUUGUGUGUUCCUCACUACUGGGGGAAAACUUGUUUUGUUCACUUGGACCAACAAACGUUAUGCCACAACAAUCCUUCAUUUAAUAAUACAUCUUUGUAUCCAGUGUUGCUCUUUUGUAUGAAACAGAAUAUGAAUAAAAUUUGAGUAUUAUU